CUCAAAUUUCGGAUUUUUCUUAGCUCAAGAGUUUACCUCUUGCCACUGCCAGGCACAUCAAUCAAUCAAUCAAUCAAUCAAUCAAUCAAGUUCCAGAUGGAUACUGCAAGAACAAGGAGAAGAAGAAGUACUUAAAGGAGGUUGAUGUGCAUCGUACUAUAGCUAUGUAUAUUUUGAAAUGUUAAUAAAUAAGAAUAACAGUGUCGGCGCCAUCCUCAUCCUCUUUCCGUAUUAUAACAACAAAAGACAAGGAUUGAAGUAGUGAGUACUACCUAGAUGAAGCAUUAGAGAACAAAAAUACCUUUACAAGAACUACUCGAGGUAAAUUAUAAUAGGGAGUAAAAAGUAGAUAAAAAUGGCGACGUGUACUCCUUGUCCGAUUGAGUGCAAGGCUGCUGUGGCAUGGGAGGCCCAGAAGCCCUUGGAGAUUUUGACGGUCACUGUGGCGCCACCGCAGGCCGGCGAGGUGCGCAUUAAGAUCAUAGCUACGGCGCUUUGCCACACGGAUGCGUACACGCUUUCGGGUCAGGACCCGGAAGGCCUAUUUCCGGCUGUGCUCGGCCACGAAGCAGCGGGCGUGGUAGAGUCGGUCGGCCCAGGAGUUACCGAGUUCGAGGUCGGCGAUCAUGUCAUCCCCUGCUACCAGGCAUACUGCGGAGACUGCAUGUUCUGCAAGCGGCCCAAGAUCAAUUUGUGCACCUCGGUUCGUGCCUUCACGGGAAAAGGUGUGAUGAAGGCGGACGAGCAGCCGCGAUUCACGUAUCAGGGCAAGCCGAUUUACCACUUUAUGGGCACGUCCUGCUUCGCGGAGUACACGGUCUUGCACCAGGAGUCCGUUGCGAAAAUCCCGAAGAGCGCACCUCUGGAGAAGGUCUGCCUCCUGGGCUGUGGCGUCAGCACGGGCUGGGGCGCAGUGUGGAACACCGCGGAGUGCGAAAAGGACUGCACAGCAGCGGUCUUCGGUAUUGGUGCCGUGGGCUUGAGCGUCAUCGAGGGACUCGUCAAGGCGGGAGCCAAGCGAAUCAUCGCUGUAGAUUUGCUGGACAGCAAACUGGAACUCGCGAAAAAAUGGGGCGCCACCGACGUUAUUAACAGCGGAAAUCUUGAGGUGCUCUCUCGCAACAUCUUUUCACUUUCAUUUUGAACUUCGAUAACUCUUUAUUGUAUCUUAUUCAUUGGUGACAAUGGCGGUAACCGUAGUAUGAACGGAGGAUCUCCAGUUAGUCCAGUCUCUAACCUUAUGAUAGAUCACAACUUUUUGCCUAUGAAUAUUCACUUUUUCCUUAUGAACCAUCAGGUUUUUGAAAAGGUCUAAUGCCUUUUCUCUUCUUGUAUAAUCAAACUUAAAGAUAAAAUAUAACUUUGUCUUCUUUUAAUUUUACAACAUGUACUCUUCUAUGAUAAUGAUAAUGCACUUACUAGUAAGAACUCGUUCUUUCUGAUCAUGAUCGCUUUUUUUUUGUCAUUGUCCUCCCUCUAGUAUGAUGCUGCUGUUUAUAAUUCUAAUCAUAGAUAUUUUUCUAUUUCUUUCGUUUUUGUAUCUUAGUUCAUUUCUCUUUUACCUUCUCUUUAUGUUUAUCCCACUACAGAACAGGUAUCAGAACCACAUGGAAUUUUCCCUCCUUGACCUUUCUCCUGUCUGGUGUGGGGUUCUAUUCAAAUAACAACAGGUGCGUCGGCGUUCCGGGUGGGAGAUUCGCGAAGCUGAACACGAGUAUGACGCUUCAUUGGUUUUUCCUGGGAGGUCUUCCUUGCUUUUGGACUUGGAAAUGAUUCGAGGUAAGCUUAUGCUUGACUGCAUUCGCUUACCGUAUCGAAACCUCUCUGCCGCUGCCUACUUUCGGACUCGGAUUUAGAAAGAAGAAAUUAAAAGCAAAAGGAGGAGUAAAACUGUGACGGCGUGGGGGAGGGGGAGUAAGAAAGGAAACUUCUUUGAAGUAAAGCGCGCGAUGCUUUGAACUUGAAGUGAGCACUGUAGGUCGAGGGAGAGAAUAUGAAAGGAAGAAUCAGCAGAAAGACGCACGAAGCUCGCAUGAUCAGUCGCGUUUUGACUUCGGCCUAGAAACAGCUAGCCUUAUAGUACUCCACUGGCAGUCAUGGUUAUGGUUUUGGAUUUGGUUAUGGUGUUCGAGUUUUUCUUUCUCAUCCUCUUUUUGUUCACCUUGCUCUUGCAGUUGCAUCUGCCUCAAAGUCUUUCGGUCGGUUGACGAUGUGUCGCGGUAGAGUUCGGUGGAGUCGGUCUUUUCCUUCAUGCUGAGAGAAGUAGAAAUAUAAAUAUAAAGAUAAACCCGAGCAUGAAGAUGAAAAUGAGCACGAAAGUCAACGUGGGCGUGACAUCCCCCAGAAACAAAAGGAAAAUCGCACACCCCGAAGUCCCUUACCCGUCCAUGCGCCUGUAAGAAAGUCUAAGCACAAUCGAAAAGGCAAAACGGAAAGCAAAUAAAAGACGCCUCCAACUUCAUAGUAAGCACCUAGUCGGUUUCUCGUUCUCCAACUCGAAAUCUAUCUCUUUACUCUCUCCCCUCACUUCGUGUUCGAUUUCGAAUGGGUUGUCGUUGUUCUGUAGUUCUACUUGUUCUUGUAGCUCUACUACUUCUUCUCAUUUUUCGCGCUUGGACUACUCAAUCUCAAUCUCGAAAUCAAAACUGACCCUUAGGAGCCACUCCGGAAACUAGGAACAUCAGAAGCUACAAACACAUGGACAAGUAGGAGCUAGUAGUGGAACCACGUAAGCAAGCAAGCGUAGCCGUAAAAGUAGAAUAGCUCUCUCCAUUUAAGAUUUAAUACUGCAACCAUCUAGUUUCAGACUCAGUUUUAUUUUUAUAAUUGUUUAGUUAUUCUUAUUGUAGAUGUAGAUCGAACACUAACUCUAAGUCGGAGACAAUUACUUCGUGACGAGCUGUAUGCUGAGCUAACGGAUUAGCAUUAAGAAUAAGACUAACCUACCUAGAGUAAGCACGUUUGGCAUUGGGGCUAAGUCUGGGCAAUUGAGAUUAUGCUGCCAGUCGCUCCUGAGGCUGAGCCUGAAGCUGAGUCUGAAGCUGAACCUGAUGCCGAUCUUGUGUCUGCCUCUGCGCCUGCGAGGCAUGUCACGUUGUGGCGCCACCUUGGGGCAUGCUAUGCCAGCAUGGGCGCUGGCGUUCUCGUGCUCCUUGCUCAUUUGCACUGGCACCCCAACCCCAUAGGCAUAGACGUCUGGUUCUGGUUCUGGCAAUCGCUAAUGCGAAGUACAGGCACAACCAUGCAGGGACAGGCCUGGGGCAGGGGACCGGGACGGCGAGGUCCUCGCUUUGGGCUGGGGGGAUAAACGAUGAGAGGUGAGUUGGCCGUGGCGCCAUCGUCGUGCUGUCGUAGGAAGAUGAGUUAGGAUUUGGGUGUGGGGAAUUGGGUCUACAAAAGUUGGCUUUGGUAUUGGAAGGCGCUGGCGCCCGGGACCAGGUGUGGGCGCAGUUGCAGGACCAGGCUCAGGAGCAGACGAGUAUCCUUCAUUUUAGUCAUACUCAUUGUCUUCGCCACAGCCGCAUAUCUCCGAGCUCAAGUGAAUUCUGCCAGUAGGGCCUUCUUGUUGUAUAAGUUUAAGUUGAUCUUGAAGUUGAAGCUGAAGUUGAAGCCGAGCUUGAUCUUGCUGAACUGAGUUUUGUACUUGAUCUUGACAUAAUCCCUCCUCCUCGCAUGGUGCAUGAAGUAGAACUAAAAGUCCCGCGUGGUUGGCGUGCUCGUUAUUUUCUUUGUGCAUAAGCAUCUCAUUAAGAUAGAAACUCAUAUAUUCCAUUUCCAACCUGAAUAAGCUUGCACCAUUACCAUUCCACUCUCGUCCCUUCUAAGACUUAUGCUCUUUGCUACCCAUGUCAUAGUGUUAGUAUUAGAACUAGUAGCAGGCUCACAUCCACACGCACGCGAGUUCUCCACAAAGUCACUUUGGUCAUAUUUCUAUCUACCACUACCACUAAUGGCAAUGUCCAUCACUAUCUGUUAAUAGCCAACUUGUUUCGUAUAGUUCGUACUACUAUUACCGAAAUCUUUUCCACUUACGGCUACACUUAUUGACACUGUUGCCCUUAGCUUAGACCUACUAGUCUUAUAGUUCUUGUGGGGACAAGGAGGACAGCGGGCGCAAUGUCCCAUCUCACUUCAAGAGACGUCCGGCGAUGGCUUUUGGGAGUAACUUCGCGGAAUGACGUAGAGAGGGUCUUGCAAGAGAUUCACGACUCAGGCCUUGCGCAGCUCCUCACGAGGAAGCAAGGACAUACUUGUGCUGUUCCGCGGCGGUCUGCAUUAUUUCGGAAGCAGAACGAGUUCAUCCAGAGGCUCUGUGGACCUGGAAGCGGCCUCGAGGAAGAUGCGACGAAGAAGAAGAAGAGUAUCCUGUUUUGGCAGAGGUUCUGCAAGUUCCUUAUCGAGGAGCGCUACGAGGUAGAGGACGACGAUCAGGACGAUCCAGAAGAUGCGCUUGCUAUCAAGUCCCAUAAGCGAAAUGGAGGUGGAGGGUCUGCGUCAUCUGCGCGUGUCCUGAAUCAAGUGGGGACAGUGAGUAGCUCAUCUAGUUCUAGCUUGCAUCAACAUCAACAUCAACAUCAAGACUCCCUCGGCGUGCAAGAAGCAGAGGAGAACAACGAAGCCCGUGCCAGCAUCGACAUGGGAGCCGGAAGUCAUGACAGCAACAACGCUUCAUCUCCCGCGGAAGCCAGUCCUGCCCCUGACGAUGAUCCUGCACAUGUGUAUUCUGUCUUAGGGGAGGCUGUCGAUGUCAAGGAAGCGACCCUUGAAGAUCGUCUGAAGUAUGCCAUCGGGGGAGCGCGUCUAGCUACAACUAACGUCAAGGCAGACAUGUGCUUGCGGGUCACUGGUGGGUCAGAGGAUGCUGCUGCGCCACAGUCUUUGAAGCGAUGGCGCGAUCGCUACGAGACAAGUCCGCGAACGAAGAGUGCAAAGACUGGUCUCACGGUUAGUGUCGCUAGGGAAGCAUCGGGCGUCGACGGCGACGUGGAGGAUAGUGAUGCUGAGGACAACGGCGGCGUAGGUGCAAUAUCCGUUGAUGAAGCACAGCGUGAGCUCGAAUGGGGCCAGCUCUUUGAUCACUUUAGUGCCGUCGGUGUUGGUGAAAUCAGCGAGGAGGCCCACGAGGAUACAAACAAACAAGCCAAGAGAAACCUUGAUCGACGCAGAAAGUACUGCUUGUACUGGGAAGAUGUCUUUGCGGAUGUUCUCUCUCUGCGUGACAGAGUAAUGACAAGACUACUCUUUCGCGCUCGACCUCGCCGUCGCCGCCAAAAUAACGCAUCUACAUCUUCUUCUUCUGAGAAAGGGAACGGACUAGACAGUCCUGAAGAAACGAACAAGAAUACCACAACCACAAGCUGCAAGAACAACAACAACAACAAGAAGAGCAUGAAGACGAAGACGCAGCGAGAGCGUCGCUUGGUCGUGGAGGCAGAUCAGGAGGAUGACCUCUUAGCCGACAGCGACAUUGAUGACCAGCAGCAGCAACAGGGGGUGGAGGUGGGCGUGGAGGUCGAAGCACAAGACGGGCACCGGGAUAGCGGCAGGAUGCUUGACGACUUCUUCCUGAAUGACGGCGAGCAAGAACAAGAGGAAGACUACGCUGGGACGCUUGGAGAAGAUCAAGUUCUUCUCUUUGAUCAAAUCAAUGACGCUGACGAUUCAGUCGAUCUGAUGGAGCAGGCCCGACUGGACGCGGAGAUACAACUAGAUGCUGGACAGGCUCCAGAGCGACUUCCAUUAGUGUGCACCCGAAUCGGGCCAGACGCGACGCCUUAUGGCUGUGGCACGAAGGUAUUGAAUGCGGAGUGCGCUACGGCGCGAGUGAUCGACGAGGAGUCGCGGCGUGUCGUGUACUACAGGUACACCCCGAAAUCCAAGAUGGUUCACGGAGACACGAUGACAACGCUAUCCUCGGUGUUCGAAAUGUGUGAAGAAGCUGGCGCAGUUAUGCCAGGGCGGGGAAGCAACCUUGUUAAUUACAACACAGUCCGGCAAGUUUUUGUGUGGGCAAGUGAUUCUGGUUCUGAAGAGUCGGCUGCGGCGGAAAGGGCACAAGCACUUGCUGAAGCGAAGCGCAUUCACCACGACCGGAAUGCUGCUGCGCAAGUGAAUGGGUACGAUGAAAAGCGGAGAGCGUUUCUUCAUGAAGCAUCCAACAACUCAGACGUCUUCUCGUGUGCCCAGGCGCCUAUCUUCUUCGUCGUCGUCGUUGCAUGCCAGAUGCACUACUGGCAUGAGACAGCGAGGAAGGUCAUCAUCUUUCUUUCUUCGUUUUUCGACAUUCACCUUCGGCAGGCGGUGAAAACAUUCGUCUUCGUGAUUAACACCUACUUCCAGGGUGAAUUGAAGAAGAUUCCCGAUUUUUGCAUGACAAGAUGGCUGAACAUUUAUCCGGCAUUUCGCGCACUCGGAGAGCGGCGUGUCGAGAUCACCGACGCAGUCAAGCGGUACCACGCAGAUCCGAAAGUAAAGAUGAAGACCAAGUCGCUUGUCAAGUUCACGCGUGCGGUGAAGCUUGUGGACAAUCCUGCCUUUUGGACAGUGAUUAACGUAGGAUGGAGACUGUUGCAGCUGAUAGCGAGGCAAGAAGCGAUCGUGCAAAAGUAUAAGCCGUCCCAUCUUUCGACUGUCUAUUAAACUGAACCUGAAGAAGCAUAAGUAUUUUCUUUUUCUUGACGUCAAGACUAAGACUCUUGCACAACUCGUUGUUUGUUGUUCAUCUUCAUGAGACUUCGUGGUCUUUUCUUGGUGUUCAUUUUGGUUAUCGUAGCAAAUUGAGAUUCUUUCCGACAAACAACCACCCGUAUGAAUCUGAAAUGGCUACUGACUCUAUCUCCAGGUUCUGCAAGUGGCUCUGGCUCGACGUGAAGACGGCCUUGCACUAUGUUGUAGAGGCGCUUCCGGAAACGUUCUGGGAUAGCAUAGGCCUAGUCACUCUGGUUCUAGAGACGGGCAAGGAGCGAGCCGCAUUUGCGCUUGGCUUGCUGCUGAUUCAGCUCGAGUCGAAACGUCGCCACGAACCGCUGAACGAGUUUCCACAUCGGUUUGUCCAUUUGCUAUCGCCUUCAGACGAGAAGCGUAUCAAAGCAGCACGAGACUUGCUUGCCACAAAAGAUCUUGGCCACGAAGACGUAGAGUGCUUUUCUGCAAUGGUGCGAGACGACUUUAGCAGAGAGCUUAAGCAGAUCGCGGACGGCAGGCGGAAGAAGCUGUCGGCGCGUCUCAAUGCUGAGAUCGUUCCUGUAGUGAUUUCUUCAGGAAAUUCCUCUGCUACCGUUGAGUCCUACAAUAGUACAACAAGUUAUCUGCGGCGUCUAGCACCAGCGAUGAAGUCUACGCGCGCAGGUGUGCGAUUCCGUAUUGCGCGCGCGCCGCGGCUCCCUUUCGAGCAUUGGUUCGUUCUUAAGACAGUGCGCGACCGUCGUAGCAAGAAGAUACAGCUGCUAGAAGGGGUUACUCGCAAAGCAGGGGCAAUCGAGAGCGGUAGCAUGCACCCAGCACUGACAGCGCUGGAGCUGAUGCGCAUCAACUACGACGUGGGAAAGAAGCCGUCUAUUCGCCAAUCACGUGGUCUCGCGCAGAGGGCGCCUGCGUCACGGAUGACCAUUCGACUUGGGCUUGAUGUCGGUGAUCUCUUUCGGCUCUCCAUGCGAAACGCAGCUGCAAGUAGCAGCUCCAGCUCUGCUAGCGAUCUAGACAUCCUCUACAUCGUUUUAGAGAAGCGCAAGACGGUUCUUAGGGUGCUACCUUGUAAACUUGCGUUCAGAUGGAACAGCGUAGCAGCAACGAUGAAUGACGUGGAUGUCAAGCACCGCAACGGCCCCAUCGUGGAAGUCGUGCGCGGCUCUACCGACUUUUACGUUGAUGCCAAGUUCUUCAACGGCGGCGCUGCAAACGCAGAGAAGAGCAGGUUUGUCACGAUCACGAUCGAGAAAGGACACAUUCGCGACGCGUGUCGGGAGAUACGAGGCGGAUAUCUUUUCUAUGCCACUCCUUUGGUGAAAGAAGAAAUUCCAGGACAUGUUGGUAUUCGGCAACGGGAGACCAAGGAGGUGCAAGUCCGAAGGAACGCAGAUCGGACCAAUGCAUUCGGAGCGAUGAAGUCCGCCAAGGCACCUACAACGUUUCGCGAACAUCUAUGGUCCAAGAAAGAGGUCGUUGAGGUUGCAGUGCCCGAGUUGUUUGCGGGUACUCCGUUUUGUUUCGUUCGUUUUCUUAUCCUUAAUAUUUCGUUUGUUCAAUUUCAAACUCAAUCUCAAAGUCAAACUCAAACUCAUCUGCUCUCCAGCUUCAUCUUCGUUGAUAUUGAUUUUGAUUUUCAUCUUUCGCUCAUUGUCAUUCUCAGUCUCAUUGUCAUACCCAUUGUUUUCGAUUUCGCUCUUCAUCUGCUCACAACGAUGCAAAUUAUCUAUAGGUGAUUCGAGCCUGGCCAGUCUAAGCGUCAAAGUGUACCUCGCCGUGCCAAAGGUAGAGACGCAGACCUGCCUCUGGCAUGCGCAGAUACCUGUCAAACUCAUUAGAGAAGCGGCUGGUGAGGGAGACGCAGGAGAGGAAGACGCAGGUCUAGGUGGAGAAGCAAACGAUCAGGGUGAAAGGCUGCUCCCGAUGGAUAACAAGCCCGCUGUCGCUGCUGCGUCAGGAGCGCCCGCUAUCGCUGCUGCUGACGGGGUCCGGUCGCAUGUUCGAGCCAACAACGCUGCAAAAACAAUGCUGCAGACUAUCACUGAGAGCAUCCAGAAGCGUGGGUACAAAUGUAUCUCAGAGGGAGUUAAGGGCGAUAGUUUUGGCAUCGCGCGGGAGGCGAUUAUUCGCGAUAUAGUGACGAUCUUGGGAAGACAAAUGCCGAAGCUGACUGUACAGCAGAGGAUGCACGCGACCAAAGCAGUAAAGCAGUACGUCGUUGAUGUCAGGAAAUCUGACAAGAAAAAUGCAGGAUGUGCUCAUAAUUUUCUAGUAGAAAACGCCGACACAGACGCUAGCUCGGCAACCUCGGAGUCUGGUGGUGAAAGCGUUGAGGAAAGCGACGGUGAUUGGGGAAGAGGGGCAGCGAUCCUUGCAUGAGUCAGUAGCGGAAUCUAAUUAUUGCAUAGCUGAACGCAAAAUCUGUAUAGCUGAACGUAAAAACAUGUAUAGUCUAACGUAAAAAAAUGUGCUACGCAGCGUAAAAAUUUACAUCGAUGGAGAUAAGAUAGCGCAUGUUUGAAAGACAGAAGCGCAGGGCUGAGCAAGAAACUAAAGUAGGGUGGAAGCAAAAAAUACAAACGCAAGCACGCCCAUGCGCAUCCGUGGCACCGUGGAGGCAAGGGAGAAAACCAUUAUAUAUCAUGAAAUACUAGUGCUAACUCCGGCAUGUGCCAGCUUUUGCGCGCAUAUGUCAUGAUAUCUCAUGAAAAAUUUCUUUCCGGGCGGAGCUGCGAGCCAGAAAAAUCUGAAUCAGAUCCAGAAAACUCUGAGAGAAAAUCCACAGUAAUCAUUUUUUUCAAAGCUGGACGAGCGAUCAGUAGACCCUUCUGGAGGAAGAAAAGAAACGCUGGUGACUCAGACGAGGGAUGUUUUUUCCUGGUGCGUGAAUGAGCGGUGAGCCUUGCGAGACAGUUAUUCAGAGGGCUUUUUUCAUAGCGUGUAGAGACGCAGACCAUUCAAAACGGCGCCCAUAACUGUUCAAAAACGGUGAAUAUUAACGAUCGCUCCACUCUAUAAACGCGACCCUUUAGCCACAAAAAGCUUACGCUUCUUCACCAUUCACUCACUCACAAACAACAAGAAAACAAGAUGUCAGACUCCAGCCACGAUGCGGAGAAGCUGCUUAUGGCCAAGCUGUUUGGCAUGUCCCUAGAGGAGUGGGACGGACAUCUUCAGAAUUUGAAAUCGAAUGUUGCAGGAAUGGAUCGCAAUGAUUACAUCAGAACUUAUCGCGCGAGUUUCAUCAUCCCAGGAAGCCGCCGACCUGCUAAGAAGGAGGACUUCCAGAGCGCGAUCGAAUAUCAUCACAAUUUCAUCCGAAACUAUCCGCGCAAGACGCUUCUCAAGGAUGCCCAGAUGAAAAGGAACGGAAAGGCGUGGGAAGACACCCAAGAGGGUACUGCAGUUUAAGACUAAGCUAGAUGUGUCCUAGUUAGUAUGUAGCGUCUUGUGCUAAGGUCUAGCUCUAGCUCUAGACCCAUGAUAAUUCUCUACUUCAUGUUCGCCAGCACCACAUCAUCAUCAACAUCAUGUCCGAAACCAAAUCCCAUGGCAUUUCUCCAGUUCCUCAUCGGGGUCUAUUUCUAUACUCUAUACAACUACAGCGAUGCUCUACGUGGACGGAUUUCAAAUUACGGAAGAAAUGGCGCGAAAGCUGCCGCAUGUCUUCGAGAGAUACCGCAACAAAUACGCUGUGUUUGGUGGUAAUCAUACCACCCAAGCUGGAAUCGAGAAUAUGAGGGAAGACGCAACGGCGUGGGAGACUCGAAUCAUGCACUGCAACAUCCUGGUAUCUAAGUCUGAUGUGCGUUAUAAGUCGAUGCUGAUGCUGAUCACAAAGACUCCAUCUCCUUCUGCCAGCAGCUUCUCUCUAUCUCUAUGUCUUGUCUUUCUUACAGGUUGAGUUCAUGCACCCGAAGUGUUUGCUCCACGAGGAGGCGUCGAAGACAUUUAUCAACAGCGUGAACCUCAAGACAUCCACUGCCAUGGAGCCAACGUUCCUAGAAUGUUACAGGGGAAUCAACGAGUACUGGGCGGAAUACAAUUCGAAGACAGCAGUUGGAACGUUUCCGAACUAUGUCAAGGUGCUUGCUGUUAAUUGAAGUUGAAGAUGAAGUCCUCACUCUGAUCCAACUCCAAGAUGAGUACACGUGCUGCUGAUUUGUAGUUUUAGACUUUUUUAGAUUUUGUUUUUGAGUCAGGUCUUCUCUCAUACGUUCUUUCAAUCUCAAACCUUUUACAUUUACUUUUCCACCCGCACAGGAAAUCUAUCCCCACGUGUCGGCGUCGCUCGUUCCGUGUUUCAAGACCUGGUUCGUCAAGGAGUACUAUCACCCGAUCAAGGUGGCGCACUACACAGCGCUACACCAAAUCCCCUCCACGGUCCCGAUCGCCAACUACCUACAGGUACUUAGAUUCUCGAUUCACAUAAAGCAUUUAGUUUUUAGACUCGUUGAUGUGUCCGUGUCGCCGUUGUCUGUAUCUCUAUCUGCAGCUGCAUUCUGUUUCUGCAACAACCACAAUCACAAGUAGAAGCACACUUUGAACUUCAGCUUUCGUCUUGUCUUUUUUGCCACUAGUAUCCUUUUUUCAAUUCUCUCUUCAGUCGACUUGGGCCAACGUGAUGCAGCCGUGCGGUGGAUACAUGGGUGAGGAGUUAAACACAAGCGACGUCGACCUCUACUUGUCGUCGCAGAUGCUUUGCUGCAACGACAGAUGCUCCAUCCCUCCACUCGAUCUGGUAAAUAUCUGCAAAGCCGAGAAUGACGCUGAUCCGAUGGAUGACAUCCAGGGUGGUAAUGCAGAACAGUUCGUGCGUCCCCGCGCUAUUGCGAAUUGGGUCAAGUGUGUGGAGAAAUAUCGCGCAGCGCAUCUCGCGGGAAACAAGUCAGACACUGACAUGGCAUCGUUGGAGGAAGCUGCGCAACCCAGCUAUCACGACUUGGAAGACAGCCUCGUCUACCCGCGUGCUUUGGAGACGAGUGAAAAGGGUGAGCAAGGUUUUUGCAUGUCGAUGAUCUCGAACUUGAAGUUCCAACAUCGCUUUGCCAAUGGAUCUACGACGGUACUGCUUCAUUUAGCAUCUUUAUUGCCUUUUUACAAUGGGAAUGGAUAUGGAGUUGAGCUUGAGUCAGGGUGUGCUUCUUGAUCUUGACUUUGAAACACUCUUCACUUACUUUCAUUUUCUUCCUCGAGGGAAUGCAGUGCUUGUGCCAGCACUAGCACCACAACAACAAAGAUCAUGAUCGUCAUACUCUCCUCCAAAUGAAGCGUUCUGAUGAACCCAAACCUUCCCUCUUCAACAGUUUCAUGCGUUUGAUUCCGUGCCGUCUUGCGCGCCGUUUUUGACCAAGGGCUGCUUUGUGACAUACGUAGAUGCGAGUGGCAAGCAGAUGGGGCAUGGCGUUAUCACGGAGCUAGGCUGCAAUCCUCCAGCCCGCUGGCGCUCGUCUGUGGCUGAUAUGCAUACCGAUACUAAGGCACUUGCUAAAGCCCUGAACAUCUCUCGAGUUGAUAGUGCCAAAAUCUUCCCGGAUGAUGAGUGCAAGCAGAUGUUGAAGAAGGGCGCUCAAGGUGGUGGGCCGGCGAGUCCGUCUCGCGCGUUGGCGGUGGUACCUUCGAUGAAGCGCGCUCCGCGCGGCCAAGGCAAGUUGGCGCAAGCAGCUGGCGGCAAGAAACAAGCCGCGAAGGAGAAAGUGAAGAACUUUGACGCUUCGAAGCAACAGACGGAGUUGGACGUAAUUUAGGUUGUGAAUUUGGUCAUGGUCUGAAAAUGAGUAUGAGUCCUCUUCCAUUUUCACACAUCUGGAUUUUGAAGCUGAGUCUGAUUUUGAUUUUUAGAGGAUUCGUUUUAGGUUUAGCUUUAGGACUCAACUGCACUUCGAUCUGUGUCAUACCAACAACGCGCCAUUCCCAACCUGAGCCUUCUGUCACACUCACAACUCACAGGCGGCACAAGGAAAAGCAGAGAUCGAGUGGGUGGAGGACUUCGAUAAUUUGACGGUCUUGCAGCUGCUCUUUGCAGCCUACCCGCAAGACAAAUCUGGUGAGAGUCGCCACCCGCAAUUUGUCGCUUUGAAGUGUGUGACUGGAAAGGGCCAGCCGCAAGUUGACUCGGGAGGUGUUUUGCAGGAGACGGGCAAGUGGUUGCGCUGCUAUGUGGAGCCAGAUGACAGAUACUACAAGUCUCGAGUUUGCGCUGAUGGACAGAACCCGCCAGCGAACUUCAAGAUGAAACCUCAUCAGACGAAGUUUGGCGUUCAACUCCCGAUGGUCAUGAUUGAGGGAGAUGGAAAGACGACGCCAGUUAAGGUCUCGCCGCUGCGCCAUGCAACCAAGUGCGUCUACAAGUCACCGCACUGCGACGAGGAAAAGAACGACCGCAUGAAUACGCCUGUGGAAUACGCUUGGCAUUUCUGCGUACUACUUUCUAUCUUUCUUUUCAUUUUUAACUUCAACUCUUGGUGUUGGAGUUGGUCUUGAAUCCUGAAAGUUGAACCUUCUUUUCUCCUUGGGGGACUACAGUCUCUGGAUGGACUUUACGUUUAGAAUUUUUAGAAUUAACAAAGUACACAUGACGUCACAACUGCCCGUCACCUCCUUAUAAGUCACUCCCACUCCACCUCCAGAUGAUGAAGACGGCGAAGACACCAGACGAGCUUGUUUUGUGUUGCCAAGGCAAGGAAAGUGGUAACCAGAACACUGACUAUACCAAGACUGCUCGUGGCUUUGCGAUUUUUGGCCCGGUGGUACCAACCAAGGAGUACGUCUUCCGAUUGCCGACCGAGAAUACGUGGGCCUCACUGGGUGGUGCUUCGAAGUCCACGGACACUGGCUCGUCCUCCAGCUCGGCCGAGCCGCAGGCGAAGCGAAGCAGACUGAUGUAAGAGGACAUGGAGAAUGAUGUACAUGUAUGGGGGGCAGGAAGAAGAACAGGUAGUGGAGGUAGAGGUACAGGGAGUACUUUUUCUAUUCCUAGGAGAGGAGCUCUUUUUCGUUCGGUAAGACUUUAGUACGGUCUAAGAUCAAGCUCAACUUCAAGUCGUUCUCGUGGCUUAUGACUUUGGGUCGGUCUAUGAUGAAGAGAGACGCAGCUUAUGAGAUAUAUAAGUAGAGCGAGAACUGUUUCCGUUUCUCGUUGGCUUAUGACUUUGGGCCGGUCUAUAAUGGAGAGGGAUUCAGAAAGAACUGUCUCUCGUCUCGCUUUCGUUACUUCAGAAUUUGUGUCGAUUUAUUUCAACUUGUUUCUCAUUCUUUUCCAGGUUUGUGUAGCUUUGGUUUUUAGAAUGGUUUCGAGUUGCGAUUUCUAAUUCCAUGUGGGUGUAGGUACAUUUGAUGUUGAUUGCUUGAGUGUUUGUUGUUGAAGUUUCGCGUGGUUUAGAUUUAGAAACCUCUGGACAGUCGAGGUAGGGAGUGUUAAAGUCAGAACCUAGCCAAACUCUAAGUCUCAACUUUUCUAAAUGAGCCCUCUAGCUACGAUUUCGAAACAGAUGGCAGCACCACUACCAGUUCAUGAUUUAGAUUUUUGUUAUGUUUGUGCUUCAGGUGAGUUCCACUUCCAGCUCUAAGCCCUUAGAGUUUAGACUUAGCGGUGCAUUCUUCGAACUGAGUCACACACGACGGGCAUCGACGUGCAUGACUGAGGUGAGUUCGCUCCACUCAGUAACAGACUUUCGAUUUUUAUAUAGAAAUAAAUGCACCCGAUUGAUUUUGAUUUAGAAUCUAUAGAUUGACGUUUUAGAUUUAGAAUUAUACUCAUUUCCAUAAUAGGUAUAGGAUAUCAGUAGCAGUAUCUUAGUUAGCUUCAUCUUAUAGACACAGAGAGCGCGAGGAGUUUGAUCUUGAUGUGUUUUAAGUUUAGGCUGACAGAGAGAAGAACAAAUGCACAGGAACCAUCCAACUACUUCUAUUCCUAGUCGGAUUUGUACAGCCACUGGUUCUGAUUCAAGCCGUAUCCGGUUGGAGUAUUUAGAAUUAGGAUUAGAGAUAGAGAGACUAGUUUUUCGCUUUUCCCGACGAUCUACUAGCUCUAGCUUGUUAGAUAGAUGCGUGAGGUAAUGUCAUAGUGAGUUGGAAUUUGAAACGCAUCAGAUUAGCUCUAUUGGUUUUCCUUUUCGGAGAGGGAGUCGCUUUCCCUGAGAUUAAGUAGGCUCGAGUAGGAGGAAGCAGACGCUAGUCGUGGUUGUAGGCCUACGCUCUCGAGUGGGCGUGCAAGGCUUCUGGGGACGGGGAGAGGAGGGCGCGAUGGGAAGAGAGGAUGGUAUUAUGAAGGGCCUCAAAUGACAUGGGUGAUCAACUCCCUCAAUGACGAAGACGGGGAUGCCAGGAAUUGACGUCGGGGAGGCAUAUGCAGUGAGUAUUUUUGCGAUAGGUUCUGCAAUGGUAAGAAGUAGAAGAUCGACUUCGAAGACGAGGGUCGACGCAGUUUCUUUUUGCGAAUAGUAUCUGACACAAACUCCCGCAAGUAAUGGUAGAUGCAGUAGACAUAGCAGAAACGUUCAUAAUGUCAAACCUCAUGCUACAACAAGUACAAGAGCCAUCAGCUCCAACUCCAAGGACUAGGGGGGGGGAAAUGAUUUAAUCUAAAAUGGAGAUCUAUUUCAGUUGCUAAAUCGAAAUCUAAAAAUUAGUACUAGUAAUUCUACGUCUCAUUUUCGUUCUCAGUCUAUUGAUCGCGAGACAGAGAAGGACGUCUAUCUCUAUACAAAGAAGCACGGCCGACAAAUCUAAAACUAAAGCUGAAGCGUCCUCUUUGUGUUGAUCGUUCGAGUUUUCAACUCUCGCGAUGAAGGUCCAGGUGACAUCAUCAAAGCAGCAGGCUUAUGUCGUUAUCGUAUUAACUUCUCCGCCUUACUCUUAAAACUACAAGUGCAACAGCUAGCGGUUUCUUCAUCGUCGAUGCGUGGCGUGAUGUAGAGAUAGGUGAAGAUUUAGAAUUAGAUCGUGACUGUAAGCCAACGAGCAUGAGGGCAAGAGAAGGGCUCGGCUUCACCUGACCGGCCCAGGAUUUGCAUGCAAUAACCCUUUCGACUCUUUCUGAUCGUUUUGACUUUGAGUGUGAGUACAAUACGAACGAGAACAACGUGGACGCACCACUAGAGUACCCCUCUGGCUUAGCAAAUGCUUCUGCAUUCUGUAGUCGAACGAGAAAAAGAGGGCUCGCGAGGACGGGUAGCUAUUUCUUCUGUUGGCUAGGUGUGAGUCUGGGAGAGAGAGUACGAGUAAGAGUAGGCUGUAGCACGAGCAUCACCCUAGACAUAGGCGCGAGGAAAAAGCGAAUCCUUCCUGCUGGAGAGGAAGACUUGGCUAUUGUCUGGCGAGUAUGUUGCUUUUAAAAUAGAUGUGCUAGUGCUACUGGUGCUGAUCUUGCUAGUCUUAAACUUUCACUUUGCGCUGUAGCUGUGCAUGCCUGUGCAAGUGCAACUGCGAGCGCAUGCGCUCUCAAAUUGCUCAGAAGAGAGGGCUAAGGCAAAAACGAACACAGAGAGGACGUUGAACAGCCGGGCCGACGCCUACCGGAGUGGGAUCUGAUGCAUACGCCUCAGACUCUCCUCGUAGUCGUAAGCACAAUGUCGACAAUGAAUUCAACUUCAACUUCAAGCGCAACUUUGAACUCAGAUCCAUCUUUGCACUCGUUGACAAGUCCCCACGUUUUUCGUGCAGCACACUAAGCACAAUCUCACGGCUCCACUUCCAUUUUGUUCGAUUCAGUUUCAAUUUCAAUCUCAAUUCACACAACCGUUGAAAAAAUAGUUCAGCUAUCAACUUCCGGAUCAUGCCGGUAGCAAAAUCAUACUUGCCAUGAUACACAGAUGUGGCGCAUCUACAAGCAGAAAGACAAACUUAACCUUGAAGUUCUUGAUAAACGAGAAUCGGGAUCAAAGUUAGCAAAUGGAUGAGUAUGCUGAUCAACAAAUAAGAAUAAGUGUAAGUCAAUGCAAGUUUCUGCUGGCGAGUAAUAAUUUAAAACUAUAAUUUACAGCGAAGAAAUGUAAGGGCAAGGCGAUGGCUCAAAUUCAAUCCUGAACGAGAUCGAGACGGUUCUAGUUUCAUCAAGUCGCUGGGUACUAAAAAUGAAAUGCCCAUUUAAUGAAUACGAAUUCGAAAACUGAAUCUGAAGCCAGUCCAGUGUGCAUGUAGAGUUUUAUCAGGCCAGCUCUUCUCCUCAUCUGGUUUUGAUCAUCUUACAGAAAAAAAACCUAUAGCUGAACGAAUAAGAAGGAGGAACCAUAUGACAAAACACCGAAAGCCAAAACACUGAUGAUAUUGAUUUUGAUUCUGAACGUGAAAAAAAUGGACUUCGAUUUGUACAGCCCACACGCACCCCCGUGCAGCUAUUUCAUGAAGAUUCCUCUAUUCGAUAUCCCUAUCCGGUAUGGGAAGAAAUGCGUAGCGGCGGAAGUCAAGACCUUCGUGUUCAUGGUACUGGUCGGGCGAGCGCUCGAGCCAGCUCCUGUUGCGCCUGUAAGUGUAACAAUCAUCGGUCCUCGUCCUCAUCGCAACAGUAUUGGUAGUGCGUCCAGUUCCAGAACCAAGUGGGACCAGAUGUUCAUUAGAAGAAGGAUCUCGAAGACAAAAAAGAAAAGUCAAGUUUGAAACCAAUGAUCAUAAUAAGUUAUUGUUUUUGAGUAUGAUGAACUUUCUUCCUAAGUAAAAUGAAAACGAUGCUGAUCUAUAAUGAGCAUAAUUCUUAUGCCAUUUGUUUUUUUUUACGUACCUAAUGGAAAUAUCUCGUAUAUAUAAGGAAAAAGCUGUGAUCUAUCAUAACUCCAGAGACUGGACUCUGGGGAUUUCUCCGUUCAUAAACCGUAGUGUAACUUCCCGACAAGAACAGAAGGUUUUUUUUUGCGUUCGCUGUGCAAGCUUGGUUAGUUAGCCAAAUCAACAAAGCCUCCGACCACGACUUCACAGAAACCGGUCCAACAAGUUAUUGUCGGAAUGACCGAGUGGGGUGUAGACUAUAGUUUUGACUGCACUGGAAACGUGAAAGUCAUGCGCGCAGCACUGGAAUGCGCACAUAGAGGAUGGGGCACCUCUGUCGUCAUCGGUGUCGCCGCCGCGGGGCAAGAAAUCGCUACAAGGCCCUUUCAACUGAUCACAGGGCGAACGUGGAAAGGAACGGCUUUCGGUGGAUGGAAGAGCAAACCUCAGGUAAGACCUCAUAUGAUCAAAAUUAGAUUUCAAAAUUAAGCUGUAUCAAUAUAAUCAUCGGAGCUCCUGCACCACGAAACCGAAUUUUUGAAAAUUAUCGACAAUAUUAAUAUCAUAGUCCUCACACAGCUAAGUACACUCUAGUUCCAGCUUCUCCUCCGCACAUACACUUAAUAUAUAAGGUUCCUGAACUUUGCGACCGAUACAUGAAGGGAGAGCUUAUGUUGGACGAGUACAUUACGCAUAAGCUCCCAUUUUCUAAGAUUAACGAGGGUUUCGAUCUCCUGCAUAAAGGCGAGUGUCUGCGUUGCGUCUUGACCUUUGACGAGGAGUAAGGACCUGCAGUUCUUAUUUAGCACCAGGAGCCUAUGCGUGCGUAAGCGUAACUUCUGCAUAAUUAAUGGAGAAGUCGUGGCUGCUUAGUUUCGCUUUUUGACUUUGAAUCUUCCGAAGAGAUUUAUAGAGUUUUAUUCGUCAGAGGACGCAAAGAACGCAAUCGCUGCGGGUGAAACAGAGAGUCAAGAAAGGAAUAAGAAAUUAGAGCUCGAACUUUUUGUUCUUUUGUGCAUACGGAUUUCAUUACUUACUUGAUCAGGAUGUCCCCGCGUUUAAAGGGCCUGUAUUGAUGAAAGGGAAUAUGUAUCUCUAUGUCAGUCGAAUAUUAACGUAAAAGUAAGUACUUAUGCUCUCUCAAAACAACAACAACAACUAAGAUUCUCGAUGCAUGUCCUCGUAUUGUUUUUCCUCACCAGAACGGAACCCGAAACGGCAAUAUCGAUGCCCAAUGAAGAUCAGGGUAUUAAUGUCAUCCACCUUAGCUGAUGUUGCCUGAAGCUCAAGCUGCAUGGGAUUCUGAAUAUUGCAACAAGUCGAAGGAAGAAGUAUAAUCUCGUGUAUCAAUCGAAAUCAAAAAUGGAAGAAUUAUACGUAGGAACAAUCCUUAAAACAGAGAGUAUCGACUUCGACAGCUUGUGCAGUGUGCAUGUGCUGAUGAUAAGAGGCGUCGUGUCCAGAAAAAAAGGUCAAGG